AACAAACAUUACAAAUUAUCCAUCACAAAUAAUGAAAGAAAAGAAAAAAGGUAUUUUGGACAAAUAUGCAAAACUGGAAAAAGGUCACUAAUGCACAGAUUAAUGUAUUUGACUUGAUGUUGUAUUUCGUGUUCAUUGGGUUGGAUAGUAAAACCAACUAUAUAAUUCAGCUUCUUUCAUUCUAGUAUUUAUUCUUCUUCAUUCUUGGCAUAUUUCACAGUGCUUGAAGUGGACCGGUAGCACUGGUUCGCAGUUCCGGCACUUCUUUAUGUUACUCUCCAGCGUACCCUUACUUUUUCUUGCGUACCGUCCGCCGUAGGGACUUCACUGACGUCAUCACGUCAGCACGUCAACAGUCACGAACUUCUGUUGCUGAAAAGACAUUUUACUUCAAAAGUAAAAUCACUGUGUAAAAAUGUUCUUUGAUAAAAGCACAGUUAGUCAGUUAAAAUGUCUCCGAGUAAACGUGUUACAUUUAAAAGGGGGAGAGGUAAAACAUGUUAUAUGGUGAUAAUAAUACAUGAUAAAACUAUUAUUUAUACCGACGCACAGGUGAGUACCGGCACUUUUUUUUUUUUUUUUCCCACUUCAAGCACUGAAAUUUAAAAAAUAUAAAUCGAAAUGGUGAAAUGGUCUGGCUUCAAAUCCUUAUUUAAUCACUUUACUGUUGAACUCAAACAAUAAUCUGAGGCAUUUUAAAGAACGUGGUGAAAAAAAAAGCUACAACUUCAGUUUUAGAGAAGGUACAAUUUAUUUAAAUUCUGAUUCACAAUGACUGGACUUUACAAUCCUCUUGCUUGAACAGAGUUUGUAAAUUUGAUACGCAAUUUAGAUUUUUGUGUCAAGGCUUUUAUUCUGAAUUAUUCGGGGCGGAAGUGUUGUCGCUUGUCGCUAUUGGUGGAGCAUUUGACUUGACUGUGGUCCUCGGGAGGACUUUGAUGAGAGGGCUCGCUGGGGGAGAGGUGAGUGGGAGAGCAGCUGGAUGUCGGGCUGUAACGAAGACACCUGACCCGUUUCAGCCCGGUUCUCAGUCGGUCCUGCAGGAUCCGGUCCGGCCUGCUGUCGUUGUUUGACGCGCCACCUGAUGUUCGGCUGGUCGUCGCUCCAUCCCCCUCUGUUUUCAUCGCUGUCUCCGUGUGGAGGAUGCGACGGGCCCGCGGUGAAAACAUCCAUCAGCUGCUGCUCUGCUUUCAUCUCCAACACCGAGAAUAAAUCUGAAUAACUAGGAUCGUGUUAAAAAAAUAAUAAUAAUAAAGAAGGAAAAAAAAGCGGGAAUAAGAAGGCGUCGACAGCGCAGACAUCAGUGUGGGACUCUCCUCCAUCCUCCCUCCGCGAGGUAUGAAACAGCGAUAAACCGCGGCUGGAUUAUUCCUCCUGAUCUGAUAGUACAGGCCUGUGCGUUGGUGUGAUGGCUGUGAUGUUGGUGCUUCUUCUCUCCACGCUGCUCGUGUCCAUCCACACUCCCGGCCGAGCGUCUCCGUCCUGCCCUGUGAGCUGCCGCUGCUACAGCCUCACUGUGGAGUGUGGCUCCACCGCCCUGAGGGACAUCCCCAAACACGUCCCUCCAUCCACACAGACCAUCUUCCUCCAGGACAAUGUGAUUGGUCAGAUCCGUCGACAGGACCUCAUCCUGCUGAGGCACCUGCACUACCUGUAUCUGCAGAACAACACCAUCUCAGCAGUGGAGCCCGGCUCUUUCCAGAACCAGGGGCAGUUGUUGGAGCUGGCUCUGAAUGGAAACCGGAUCCACCUGGUCACAGCUGACAUGUUUCAUGGACUCGAACACCUCCGCAUUCUGUACCUGGCAGGAAAUGACAUCACACGCCUGCUGGACUACACCUUCCGUGGAUUACAGCGUCUGCAGGAGCUCCACCUGCAGCACAACAGUAUAGACAUGUUAGCAGACCAGGCUCUGGCUGGCCUGACCUCUCUGGCUCUGCUGGACCUGAGCAGGAAUAAUCUUCACACCAUCGGCCCUGCGUCCCUGCGACCUCUUGUCAGCCUGCAGGUGCUGCGCAUCACAGACAACCCCUGGCGCUGUGACUGCGCUCUCCACUGGCUGAGGAGCUGGAUCGACGAGGCGGGGCAGCGGCUGCUCAGCUCCGCAGAGCGUCGGCUGGUCUGCACUGAGCCGCCACGCCUCUCCCACCUCAGCCUGGUGGAGGUCCCCCUCAACAGCCUGGUGUGCAUCCCUCCACUGGUGCAGCUGGAGCCCAGGAGGCUGGCAGUGCGGCUGGGGGAGAGCCUCCGGGUGUCCUGCCAUGCCUCUGGGUACCCUCGUCCACAGGUGACAUGGAGGAAGGCGUCCCAGGGUAAAGUGGUGCUCGCUCCCAGAGGCCUGGUUCAGGAGCUGGGUGCUGGAGCAGGUGGAGUGGGCGUAGCGGAGGAGCCCUCAGAGGAAGGCAGAGUCAGUCUGCAGAAGACUGAGGGCGAGCGCUUUGACCCCGACACCGGCAGCGGCAUGUUGUUCCUCAGUAAUGUGACUGUGGCUCACGCAGGUUUCUAUGAAUGCGAAGCCUGGAAUGCAGGGGGCGUGGCCAGGGUGACCUUCCAGCUCGCCAUCAACUCAUCCACUUCCUCCUCAUCUUCUUCCUCCUCCAUCUGGGCCUCGUGGUCCCAAGUGUCCUCGCCAUACUCCCCCGCCUGGCCCCGGCUGAGGAACCACGGCCCCGCAUUGGGCUCAGACGUGAGCCGGGAACCCCUGUACGCUCUGGGCAGCAUGGCCUUCAGCGCUCUGGGAGCUGCCACUCAGACCGCCAUCGCUGUGGGCAUCUCCCUGCUGGCUCUGACCGCCCUGCUGCUGGUCGCCAUGAUCUACAGCCGACACCACCACAGAGAGAAGGAGGCUGACGGAGCUGAGAAGGUGAAUUCUGACCUGCAGGAGGAGAGCAUCCUAUACGUGAACGACUACUCUGACGGCCCCACCACCUUCGCCCAGCUGGAGGAGUACCGAGACGAGCGCGGCCACGAGAUGUACGUCCUCAACAGGGCCAAGCCUGUGCUGCCCCCUGCUCCACCCACAGCUGUCACCACCACUAACCUGGGUUGCCCCGCUCCGUCCGACACCUCCAGCCACACCCUCUCCUCUGGGCCUGGCCAGACCGUGACUCCCACUCUGGCCCCCAACAAGCAGCAGCAGCAGCAGCAGCAGCAGCAGGAGGGAGACAUACGGACCAUGAGGAGAAUGGCGGGGGAGGGAGGGGAGGCGGAGCCUGUGAUCACAUCAGAGGCUGAAGGGAUGUUUCUGAACCACACAGGCCUCUUCAUGGACUCUCAGAUCGCCUAUGAGAUCCACUGCUGAGGGGGGGGGGGGUCCACGGCAACACAGACAAACCUUAUGUGAGAGACAAAGCCUGUCCCAUCUGAUGAAAUCUACCAGUAACUGAGAGACGUCCUCAUUCCUGUGGAACGAUUUAUUUCUACAGACUCAUCUACAGCCACAGUCUGGUUUAGAUCGGCAGCACUGGGGCUUUUCAGAGGACAGACUGUGACCUUGCAUGUCAAAACAUCAGCGGUAAUGACCAUACACUCAAAGACAAAGUGGACUCAGGGGUUUGCUGAGCUGCACACACCUGAACUGUCCCUUACAUGAACAUCUGGGUCAGCAUUUAUCAGAACCAGAACCCUUCCGCUGUCAUUGCUGUACUAGAGUUAACACGUGUCCUCUCGAGAACUCGCACAGAGCUCGUUGGUUUCUUGCAGGGUGAGUGUAAUAAAAGGGGGAAGUCGUGAAAUCUUCCACUACAUGAGCAUGUGGGAACCCUUGUGUGUUUUGUAACUGUUGUUAAUUAAUGUCUUACUUUAUAUAGAAGGCAGUGCAGUGAUGGUGGGACAGCAGCAGCUGGAUUUUAUAACGAUUUAUUUCAAAGUGUGAGAACGUGUUCAUCAUGAAGGAGAAAAUGAUUUUAGGAAAAUUCUGGUUAUAUUCAAUCUGAGUCUUAAUCUCCCAUCAUUUGUCGUACAGGUCAGUUCUGACGAACGUCCUGUCCAACAGUGAAACUCUGAUGUCUCUCUCUCUCUCUCUCUCUCUCUCUCUCUCUCUCUCUGCUGGACACUGGUGAAUCUGGAUGACUGGUAUCAUGAAGCAGGCUGUCGAAUGGGUCGGUUCCCGUCCAGAUCUGAGCAGGUUCACAUGAACGAGGCAGAGCUCUUACUUAAUUAUUAAUCCAAUCACAUGCAACAUCAACAGAACAAGAGAAGAAUAUUUAAUGUGAGGUAACAUGAAACUGUUAAUACAGUGGGCUUUUCCAUUUACCAGUUGCUCCAUACUCCAACCUUCAACCUUCAGCCUUCAACUGUCGACCUUCGACCUUCAGCCUUCAGCCUCUGCUCAUGAGCAAAAGAAUACGAUCACACAAAUUAGUUCUCCCCCCAGGGUGGCUGGGCUCGCCCCACAGACAGGGUGAGGAGGUCAGACAUCCGAUGGGUGGUCGGAGUGGAGCUGUUGAGGUGAUUGGAGUAUCUGAUCAGGGUGUGUCUUCUGACCUCCUUCCAUUGCAGGUUUCCAGGGCACACCCAGCUGGUGGCAGUAAAUGCAGAUGUUAUACAUCUCCUCUGGCCUGUGAACUCUCUCAGAGGGGGGGCGGAAAAGGCUGCUGGGGAGGGAGACGUUCUGACUACCUUAUAAAAUAUUAUGUUUGGUUGUCUUGGUUUCUCACAUAUCUAAUUUAGGACAGCUCGUGACAAGUGUCCAAAGUUCUGAUUGCUGAUCUGAUUAGAUCUCAUUUAAAAUGCUGCUGCCAACGUUAGUGUUGUCUUUUUGUUUGGGACAAGUCAGGGUCUGACUGUAGCCUGAUUGGUCUGAUUGGGUCUCUCUGGAAAAUGUCAUGUUUGAUUGGUUUUCCACAGAUUUGCUGAAAGACCUCUGCACUGUGGUUCCUGGAACGUUUUAACCUCUUUCAGCUCAUUGUUUUUGGUUUUACAGACCACAACUUUACAGUUUUGGCACCAAGCAGCAGACAGAGACAGUUAGUUAAUUAUAUAAUGAAGCAUUUAUUAGUGACAGAGUCAGAUAUGGUUCUCAGGAGUUGGUGGAGAGUAAAACAGAGCUAAAGGGAGAGUGAAUACGGGUCCUACAUCCAUCAGGUAGAGGCAAACACACCUCCAGCAGGAUAAUCAUGUUGAGGUAACUGUAACCUCUUAAAAGUGAUAAUAUGACAGAUAUGUUGUUAUAUGUUCUGCUGCCCCCAAGUGGCUAAAACAACAAUGGAUGCAGAUGAUUCUUGAACUAAGAUUUGACACAACUGUUGUUGAAAAGAAAGAUUGCGGAUUUCCAACACGAUAAAUAUUUAUCUGAUUGUUGUGGAUGGGGAGAAAAUAUUUGAUGGCAACCAUGUCUACAGGGAAGGACACAUCAUUAUUAGGAUAUUAGGACUGCUUGUAAAACAUGGUAAUAGCCCUGCAACAUUUCAUUGCUCCAAACUAAACAUAAUUAAAUCUCAGUUAUGGAUUUUCUUCAAAUGAGUGUGUGUGUAGAAGGGGAUCUUUAGGAUGCUGUUGAUGAGUAUAUCAGUCAUUUCAAUGGACUGCAGUGCAGGCACUGUAGAGGUGAACUGUGUAAAAAACUGAUGAUGCAUGUCAAGUGAUGAGAAAACAAAACCCAGGCCAAAAAUAAACAGAAUGAUCCUUUAAAGUA